UUCAGGAAUAAAAAAUUACUUCCGGUAGAGGUGUUUACCGAAAAUCUAUUUAUUGGAAGCAAGAAUUAUUAUUGUUCUAUUUACCAGAUCAGAUUAUCUAUUCAAUUUCAAAGCUAUGUCUCGGCAAGGGACACGAGGAGUUGAUCCUCGUAAAGUUAAUGGCGAACUAUUUACACUGACAUAUGGAGCACUGGUAGCACAGUUAUUAAGAGAUUAUGAAGAUGAUGAUGAAGUCAAUAAACAACUGGAAAAAAUGGGAUACAAUAUUGGUGUAAGACUGAUAGAAGAUUUCUUAGCAAGGAAUAAUUCAAGCAGAUGUAAUGAUUUCAGAGAAACUGCAGAUAUCAUUUCAAAAGUAGGAUUUAAGAUGUACCUUGGUAUAACCCCUGUGGUCAGUAACUGGAGCCCUGCUGGUGAUGAGUUCUCAUUACUGAUAGAAAAUAAUCCUCUGGCAGAUUUUGUAGAAUUACCACCAGGACAUAAUAACUUGAAUUUUUCUAAUCUUCUGUGUGGAGUAUUAAAAGGUGCAUUAGAAAUGGUACAAAUGGAUGUUGAUGUGCGGUUUGUACAAGAUCAAUUAAAGGGAGAUAAUAUAACAGAAUUGAGACUUAAAUUUUUAAGACGAUUAGAAGAUGCUAUACCUGUAGGAGAAGAUUGAGAAAUAAUUAUUUAGAGUUUUUUAAUUGGACAAUUUAGGGAUGGACAUUCCAGUGUGCACUUACAAAGUUCAUGACCUUUGUCUGAUGUCAAUUAUUGAUUGAUGAAUUUUGUGAUCAGAUGAUAUCAUGGGUAAUUUUAAUUGCUGUACACAUGGAAUUUUUGCCAAAUUUACAGAACAUUAUUUCAUUUAUUUUGGAUUUAUAGUAGUUGAUAUAGAAACAUGGAAACAUUUUAGAUAUGUGUUCAACUUUCAACAAAAAACAAAGAAGAGUCUUAUUGAUCUAAAUCUCUUAAUUAAAUAGAAGUCAAAUUUAUCUUGUAAUUUUAAGAUGGUGUUGUAACUUGUACAUGUUAAUUCAUGCAUAAAAUGUACAUAAAAUUUAAUGUAAAUGAGUUAUGCAAUUUAUUGAAAAAGAAAAAAUCUUUUUCCUAUAGGGAUUAUAUAUUUUGUUUAUAUGUGACCCAUUUGUGAAAUCUACAAAAAAAUGUCUGUAUUGACUAUUUUUAUUGAUAUAUGAAUACAUGUAUUACUAUUAUAGUCUUAAUACUGUUGGACAAUAAUUGAUUUGUUUAUAAAUUAACAUUGAUAACAUCUCUAUUUCUUUUUGUUGUGGCCAUGUUAAUAAAGUGCAAUACUACCGACA